GACGCCGUCUAUGUCAGCUGAUAGAUAAUAAUGUUUGAUUUUCUUUAAAUUUAUCGCUAAUACUUGUAUUAAAAGAAUAGUUUUAUUAGUGCCCAAUUAACUAGCAUAAUACCCCGAGAAAAUAUGAACAUUUCCGACAAUGAAGCUGACGACACAUCAAGCGUCGAAAGCACUUCAAACACAGACAACACAUCGCGUAGUGAGACUCCAACAAAUUCACGAGGGAAAAAGCGCAGAAGAGGAAAGAAGAAGACAACAAAACAAGUAAAACCUCCAUAUAAGUUUAAUUGUAGUGCAAAAGAAGACCAUGGAUUGCCCCUCUUUGGUUGCCAGUUCAACCACCACCUAGGCGAGGGGGAGCCUCAGAUCUUCGCGGUGGUGGGAAGCAACAGAGUAUCCAUAUAUGAGUGCCCCGAAUCUGGGGGCUUUAAUUUCCUUCAGUGCUAUGCUGAUCCUGACGUAGAUGAAAUUUUCUACACAUGUGCAUGGUCCUACGAACAGGACACAUUCCUGCCCCUUCUUGCAGUGGCCGGCUCCCGGGGCAUCGUGCGCAUAUUCCACCCGGCCACGCAAACCUGCAUCAAACACUACAUUGGCCAUGGACAUGCCAUCAAUGAAGUCAAAUUCCACCCGAGAGAUCCUAACUUAUUGCUGUCAGCCAGUAAAGACCAUGCUUUACGACUAUGGAAUAUUAUGACUGAUGUGUGUAUAGCCAUCUUCGGAGGAGUCGAAGGCCAUCGUGAUGAAGUGUUAAGUGCAGACUUUGACCUAAAGGGUGAAAGGAUUAUGUCUUGUGGAAUGGACCAUUCUCUGAAACUGUGGAGGCUGGAUAAGCCGUCAAUGAAUGAAGCUAUCAAACAGAGCUACAACUUUAAUCCGCAUAGAGCACUCAGGCCGUUCAACUCGCUGAAGGAACACUUUCCAGAUUUCUCUACGAGGGAUAUACAUAGGAAUUAUGUUGAUUGCGUGCGGUGGAUGGGGGAUCUUAUUUUGUCAAAGUCUUGUGAGAAUGCAAUCAUUUGUUGGAAGCCCGGGCGCUUAGAAGACACGGAGCUUCGCCCCGGAGACAACUCUGUCACCAUCGUUCACCGGUUUGACUACAAGGAAUGUGAGAUCUGGUUCAUCAGGUUUGCAGUCGAUUAUAGUCAAAGGGUGAUAGCGUUAGGCAACCAGUGCGGCAAGACCAUGGUGUGGGAGCUGGGCAGCGUGGCGGGCGGCUCGCGCGUGUCGCAGCUCGUGCACCCGCGCUGCACGGCCGCCGUGCGACAGGUAACUCUGUCCAGGAACGGUAAGGUGCUAUUGGCGUGUUGCGACGACGGUACCAUCUGGCGGUGGGACCGAGCCGGGAAAGACUGCUAGUCUUGGAAAUAUAACCAACUGAAAAUUCCAGGCGAAAAAAUUAACUUACUGUAUUUUUGUAACGAAAAUAAAAUACUGACUUUAAAAAACUUUGGACGGGACAAUGACAUCUAAAUUAUUCCGGAUCUGUUUUUAAUGGGCUUAAUAUAAAAGAGAUGGAAACAAAAUUGUUUUUUUAUCGAUUUUCCAGAUUGGUUAUAUUUUCAUGCUACUAGUCCACAAGGAUAGUCAUGUGAUUAAAUAUAGUAAUGAUAAUUUAGCUACGUUUUAAUGUAACUGCCAAGUAACGACUUACGAAAUAGAUUGAUUAUUGUUUAUUAUACGAUCUCUUCAUUAUUAUGAAGCAUUUAGUUAUAAUUUGUAUUUACAAUAUUGCGUUUUAUAAUGUUAUGUGAAUGGAUAUGAUGAUUUUAUUUUUGUAUUGUGUAACUAUGAUUUUCAAUAGGAAUUUGAAAAGGCUGAAAAGGAAUUAAGCUAAGCUUUUAAUCAUGUAAUUUAAAGUGAAAGUAACUUGUCCUUAAAGGGCUUAAAAUAAAUUUGACUAAAUAAAGACUGCCUUUAGUGAAAUUUAAA